UAAUGACCACAAAGUAGACACUGACACAGGGUUCUUGGAUGUCCGAUCACAUUUACGCGCGAAGUGGCAUCGAGGAUAGUGCCGUUUGAAUUGAAUGAACAAUUUCUAAGGAGAUCGCUCGUGGAGAGACACCGCGCGCGCUGGAGACUGCGCGCUCACGGCUCGCCAAAAACUCAAGCGAACACUUAAGCGCGAGGAUUAAUCAGCCGAAAAGAUGGAUAACGUGCCGUAUUUUCUGGCUACAUACGUGCUCAUUUUCUCCCUCGGAUUCAGGAUAGAAGAAGGGAUGUGCCAACAUUACUACCUCCUCCGUCCCAUUCCCAGUGACACUCUGCCUUUAGUGGAACUCAUAGAGGACCCGGAUCCCAUACUGGACCCUAAGGAGCGGGAUCUGAACGAGACCGAACUCAGAGCCAUACUAGGCAGUCACUUCGACCAGAACGUCAUGUCCAUCAACCCACCAGAGGACAAAUACGCAGGACAGGACGACCUGAACGAGUCUGAACUCUUAAAGCGUCCCACAGGCACCAUGCCCAAAGAAAUCAAAGCCAUGGAGUUUGAGAUCCAGCAUGGGAAAAAACACAAGCCCAGUAAGAAGCUCAGAAGAAGGCUUCAGCUGUGGCUGUGGUCCUAUGCCUUCUGCCCAGUGGUGCACACAUGGCAGGACCUGGGGAACCGAUUCUGGCCCCGCUAUGUGAAGGUGGGCAGCUGCUACAAUAAAAGGUCUUGUUCGGUUCCAGAAGGGAUGGUUUGCAAACCUGCCAAAUCCAGCCAUUUUAUGGUUUUGCGAUGGAGGUGUCUGCAGAGAAAGGGUGGGCUCAAAUGUGCCUGGAUACAAGUUCAGUACCCCAUUAUAUCAGAGUGCAAAUGCUCCUGCCCGAACUGA